AUGGGCCUUGCACAAGGCUGCUACUCCGCACCGCGAUUGCAACGCCUUGCAAGCGAGCGGCCGAGACUUGCUCUUAAACUCCGUCCAUACGACUCUUCCUCCUUUCUCGCGUGCCCAAAUUCCACCAUCUACCUCACCAGCGAUCUACACCGCGUCUCGGACAUGUCCAUUACCUCUUUCAGCGGCCUCAUGUCGAACUACUCCGUACUCUCCGAUCGGAGCUCAAGGGAGGAUGAAAAGGACCUGCACCAGCGUCUGCGAUCGGACAUCGAGGCUGGCGACCGUCAACCGCGACAAGAUGGCGAGAAGAAGUCUCGCUUUAUCGACGGGCGCACCGUGUCCGAUGCGAUCAUCGGCCUGUCAGACGGCAUGACAGUGCCAUUCGCUCUGACAGCGGGUCUCUCCGCGCUGGGAGACACCAAAGUGGUCGUCUUUGGCGGCUUGGCCGAGCUCAUUGCAGGUGCCAUCUCCAUGGGCCUGGGAGGAUAUUUGGGUGCAAAAAGCGAGGAGGAGUCUUACAAGGCCACACUGAAGGAAACCCAAGCGCAAACUGUGAGCGAUCCGUCGUCCGUCUCCAGCACCAUCCAAGACAUCUUCGAGCCCUACGAGCUACCCUCCGAACUGGUGUCGCAACUGACCAACCACCUCUCCAACUCGCCCAUGCUUCCUUCAUUUCUGAUGAACUUCCACCACACUCUCCCCGAACCAUCGGAUUCUCGCGCCGUCGUUUGCGCGCUGACCAUUGCCCUCGGCUACUUCAUCGGCGGCUUCGUACCUCUGGUUCCUUACUUCUUCGUCGGCCCGCACGACGCAUUCAUUGCUCUCCGCUGGUCCAUUGCUACAAUGGUCGUCGCUCUCUUCAUAUUCGGCUACGGCAAGACCUGCUUCGUGAGUGGCUGGCGCGGUCGCCGAAACAUCCGCAAGGGGCUUGUGGGUGGUUUCCAGAUGGUCCUUGUGGGCGGCAUCGCAGCUGGAUCGGCAAUGGGGCUGGUUAAGGCGUUCCAGAUGCUUGCGCAUGGACCAGAACACGAAAAGCACGAUUAA